AUGACCGGCAAAACCGCGCCUCCAGCCACAGACCCGUCUCCGGCAGCUCCGAAGAAAGAGCCGGCGCCAGCCCCAAAGGAAGAACCAGCCCCAGCCCCAGCUUCUGGAGAGCCCCCUGCCCCGGAGCAUCCCCCUGCCGCAGAGCAGCCCACAGCUCCCGCAGACAAGCCUGCUCCCGUCCCCACGGCAGAAGCUCCUGAAGUCCCCACUCCAGCCCCUGAAGAAGGUCCCCCGGCUGCCCCGGCUGAACCCCAAACCGCAGCCCCUGAACCCGAGCCUGAGAAACCAAAAGAAGAGCCACCCAGCUGCCCCUUGUCCUUGGCCGUGGAAGAAGUGAGCGAAAACUCGGUUACGCUGACCUGGAAAGCCCCAGAGCAGAUGGGCCGGUCGGGCCUGGAUGGAUACGUGGUGGAGAUCUGCAAAGAUGGAAGUACGGAGUGGACAGCUGUGAACAAGGAGCCUUUCCUUUCCACCCGGUACACAAUCCAGGACCUCAGCUCCGGUGAGAAGAUCCACGUACGGGUGAAGGCUGUCAGCGCCAGCGGUGCCGGUGUUCCGGCUACUUUGGAGCAGCCAGUCCUCAUCAGAGAGAUCCUCCAGCUCCCGAGGAUCCGCAUGCCCCGUCACCUGCGGCAGACUUAUGUCAGGCGUGUUGGGGAUGCCGUGAACAUGAUGAUCCCUUUCCAGGGAAAGCCACAGCCCAAGGUGAUCUGGACCAAGGGUGACCAGCCCCUGGACACCAGCCGUGUCAACAUCCGCAACACGGACAAGGACACCAUCUUCUACAUCCGCGAGGCGCAGCGCAGUGAUUCGGGCAAGUACGAGCUUGCCGUGCAGAUAAACGGGGCGGAGGACAAGGCUACCCUGGACAUCCGAGUAAUUGAGCCACCGAGCCCCCCCCAGAACCUGAAGCUGGUGGAUGUGUGGGGCUUUAACGUGGCCCUGGAGUGGACCCCUCCGGUAGACAACGGGAAUUCUGAGAUCAAGGGCUACCUGGUGCAGAAGUCAGACAAGAAAAGUGGGAAAUGGUUCACGGCACUGGAGCGCUGCACCCGCACCAGCUGCACCAUCUCCGACCUCAUCAUCGGCAAUACCUACUCCUUCCGCGUGUUCGCGGAAAACGCCUGCGGGCUGAGCGAGAAAGCAGCUGUCGCCUCCGGGGUGGCCCACAUCAAGAAGACAAAAACUGCUUACCAGCCAGAAAAGAUCCCCCAACGGGACAUGAUGGAACCUCCAAAGUUCACCCAGCCUCUGACAGACCGAACCACCACCCGGGGCUAUAGCACACACCUCUUCUGCUCCGUCCGGGGCUUCCCUCAGCCCAAAAUCAUCUGGAUGAAAAAUCAGAUGGAGAUACGGGAAGACCCUAAAUACAUAGCGAUGAUCGAGCAGGGUGUCUGCUCCUUGGAAAUCCGCAAGCCCAGCCCUUUCGAUGGGGGCAUCUACACCUGCAAAGCUGUGAACCCCUUGGGGGAAGCCUCGGUAGACUGCAAACUUGAUGUGAAAGCAUCUUGA